AUGCUGUUACGAAUUAAUUAUACGUCUUAUUCACUUAUGAUACGGCGCAAUUCGUGUACACGAACCAAACACACAAGAUGUAGCUAACGUUGUUCGUUCGACAAAUAUUUUGACGACAUAGAUUUAUAUCACGCUGAUUACUUAUCUCCAGAGAAAUUUAGUGUGUUGUGAGCUAUUGUGUUGUGAAACACGCAGACUAGCUGUUAUAUCAAUUCGUGAUGUCCAGCAGAACAGUUCUGAACGAAAAAUACAAGGGGCUGGUGGAACAGCUGUCCAUUCCGGCGCAGGUGGUGGAGCGAGGUGGACGGCGCUACGCUGUGAGCGGCUCCACGCAGGCCAUACAUUGUUCUACCCCCGAAGAGAUAGCUGAGCGCUCGCAGACGACUCACCACUACUGCGACGUGUUCACGGACGACGUGCUGGCGCCGCUCGGUGAGCUGGCCUAUGUGCGGCUGGAUGCUGAAACUGCUGAGAAGGUGUUCCUGAACCGCAGCAAGCGAAUCCUGCUGGUGUCGAGCGACGGCGCGCUGGCGCAGUGGCGGUGCGCGCCGACGUUCGAGUCGGCCAACGUGUACGUGGCGGGCGCGCCCAUCGUCGGCAAAAGCGGCGCCAUCGUCUCCGUCGUCACCGCUAAGCGGGGCAACCAUUAUGCCGUUUCUAACGCUGAGGGCGAAGGCGGCUACUUCGAAACAUCCCAACCCUGGGAGGUCCACGACAUCGACGACGCUAAAUUCGCGUACGCGGACAAAAAGUUCGACAGCCGGGAGGAACUGCGCGAGUACAUAGCCUCCCUCCCCCCCGCCGACCUGAGCACCCCCCCGCGGCCCCUGCUGCUGCGCGGGAAGCACCCCCGCGUCGCUCUUGUUGCACAAAAUGGCCGACAGAUUGUACACAUACAUCUGUCUGGUGUUCUCACUAAUGAUAUUGAAUAUUUGUAAUAAUGUGACGGUGGGAUGCAGUUGUUUACUAAUGGGAAGGUGGAGAUUAGGUGUUAAGGCCACAGAAUUAUAGGGCCGGUUUCACCGGUGGAUAAGGUACUGAGCCUAGUAGCCUACUCGACUCUUUUUCACGUAAAUUUUCAUACAUUGUUUGUCAUACUGACAGAUAAACUAGUAUAUAAGGAGCUGAGAUGCUUUAAGAAUUGUAUUUUUAUAAUCAAUUGUCAGAUAUUUAUGUAAGUUAUUGAUUUGUAUCUUUGUUGAAGCAAUAAAAUUUCAAUGUAU